AUGUGGACGUGGAAGAAGGUCGCGCAGGCGACGAGCGGCCGCGUCGCGGACCUGGCCCACGGCCCGUCCUGCGCCCAGUCGCGCCUGCGGCUCUUCGGCGCGUCGGAGAAGGACGUGCGCGUGACGCUCUUCCGCGACCACCACGCCUGGUGCCCCUACUGCCAGAAGAUCUGGCUCUGGCUCGAGGAGAAGCGCGUGCCGUACCGCGUCAAGAAGGUGACCAUGUUCUGCUACGGGGAGAAGGAGGCGUGGUACACGCGCGUCGUGCCCAGCGGCAUGCUCCCGGCCGUCGAGCUCGACGGGCGCAUCGUCACGGAGUCCGACGUGAUCCUGGAACGUCUGGAGGCGACCUUCGGCCCGCUCGUUCGUGAAAUGAACGACCGCGACGUCGUCGCGUGCCGCCGCCUCGAGCGCCGCCUCUUCGGCGCCUGGUGCGAGUGGCUCUGCCGCCCGCAGCGGUCCGCGGCUGCCGAACAGAGAAGUAAGGCCCAGUUCGAGGCCGUCGCGGACGCCGUCGAGGACCUGCUCGCGCGGCGGCCGGGCGCCUUCUUCCUAGGCGACGAGUUCACGACCGCGGACGUCGUCUUCGUGCCCUACGUCGAGCGCAUGAGCGCGUCGCUCUUCUACUACAAGGGCUUCCGGCUCCGCGACCCGGCCGCGCGGCCCAGGCUCUGCGCCUGGUUCGACACCCUCGAAACGCGCGAGGCCUACGUGGGCACGCAGUCGGACUUCCACACGCACUGCCACGACCUGCCGCCCCAGAUGGGCGGCUGCUACGAGUCCGGCGACGCGGCCCAGGCCGCCGCGCGCGACCUCGUCGACGCGCGCGCGGGCGGCGUCCCGGCGGAGACGACGGUCCCCGUCCCGGACGACGCGAAACUCGUCGCCGCCGCGCGCGUCGCCCAGUUCCGGUCCCAGAUCGCGGCGGUCAACGGCGAGCUCGCCGACGCGGCGGCCGUGGACGGCGCCCUGCUCGCGGCCGUGGCGAACCUCCUCGACGGCGGUACGGCCGCGGCGCCGCCGCCGGGCACGGCCGCGGCGCUCCGCUACGUGAAGGACCGCGUCAACGUGCCCCGCGACAUGCCCAUCCACUCGGCGCGCGCGCUCUGCGCGGCCCUCGAGGCGACGGCGGCCCUCGACUCCGCCGCGGUGCCGCGGUCGAAGAUCCGCCUCAAGGACCGCCGCGACCAGGACCCGCGGCCCUUCCAGAGCGCGGGCGUCCGCGUGACCGCGUGA